AUGGCUUAUUCUCCAAGAACACCCCCUGCUUCCAAAAAGUCCACCACCCCCAAACGGGCCGGUUCCUCAACUCCUAACCAGAACGACUCAACUCCUCUUCCUUCAAUCAAUGAGCGAUUGGCCUACCUCCGCCCCUCCCUGCAACUCCUGGAGUAUUACCGAAAGAAGAUUGCCCAGUUCGACGAAGAACAUGAAGAGCUGGUUAAAAGGCUGGAGAAAUAUAAAGCAACAUAUGAUGAGCAGCACAAAUUGCAAUGGGAAAUGCAACAGCGGGAAGAAGAAAUUGCCGAGCUGCAGAAGGCCCUGAGCGACAUGCAAGUUUACCUCUUCCAGGAAAGGGAACAUGUUCUGCGCCUUUACGCUGAGAACGACCGUCUAAAAAUCAGGGAGCUUGAGGACAGGAAGAAGAUCCAGCAUCUUUUGGCUUUAGUGGGGACAGAUAAUGGUGAGGUCACCUAUUUUCACAAGGAACCACCUCACAAGGUCACUGUUCCUCAGAGACUGACCAAGAACAGAGAUCCACAUGAACAAAAUGAAAACAGCGCUGUAAAAACAGGUAUUAAGAGCUCUGCCUCAAAGCCAACAGCAAAAGGAGGGAAAUCAGAAAGCGCAGAGAGAUACCAGAGAGACAACCAGACACUCUUAUUACAGGUGGAAGCCCUUCAAGCUCAACUGGAAGAGCAGGCUCGGCUUGCCAAAGAGCAGCUUGAAGGCUUGCUAGAAGACCGGCGUAUUCGCAUAGAAGAAGCUCAGGUUCAACAUCAGAGGGAUCAGGACAAAAUCAAAGAGCUUAUCGAAAAAUACAACAAAGCUCAAAACUUGCUAUAUGAGAGCACCAGAGAUUUUCUCCAACUGAAAUUUGAGGCACGGACCAAUGAGAAAUCCUGGAUGGCCGAGAAGGACAGUCUGUUAAGGAAGCUGGACAAAAGGAUAGAUGAUGGGAUAGAUGAGCCAAAACGAAGCAAGGUUCGGUGGAACCGUGACAGAACCCGGGAGCGCAGCUGGAGCCCGCCAGGCAGCAGUCCCGACUGGCGGGAGGAGAGCAGCCCAGAAGAGUGGGAGAGCAGUCCCUGUCAGCAUAGCUUCAGUCAGAAGUUAGGAAGCUGUGCAGAGAAGACCAAGCGCAUCUCCCCUGCAGAGAAGACCAAGCACAUCUCCCGAGCAGAGCGUGAACAUUGCAAAGCACAUAGUGCAGACGUUAAGGCUCUGCGGGGCCAAUUGAUGCAGGAGCAGCAAUUAGCCACCAUGUAUCGAGAGCAGUGCGUUGCCUUGGAAGAAGAGCUGGCAAAGAUUCGGGAAGAAGGAGACGUAGGCCGAGAGCUCUUCAAGGAGCGCUCAGAAAAAAUGGGGAAGCGGCUGCAGCUGAUGACCCAACGCUAUGAGGCAUUGGAAAACAGGCGGGGCAUGGAGGUGGAAGGCUAUAGGAACGACAUCAAGCAACUUCGGCAAAGGCUGAAGGAUGUGGAGAAGCAGCUUUUCAAGGUGGCAAUGUCAGUUGGGCCAGACCAAGACCUGGCAAUUCUGCAUGAAGUUCGCCAAGGGAACCAAAAGACUAAAAAAUUGCAAGGGGAACUGAGAAACUUAAAGUCAAAAAUCCACAGCCUGGAAAACGAACUACGAGUCUGUUGA